CGGAGGACAUUACCGCCAACUCACAUACCCCUUCCUCUCAACUAUAAAGCCGCAACCCUAUCGCUCCCUCUCUCCUGCACAAGCAACUUUUUCCCGAUUAUUUCCUAACGUUUUUCUCUGCAGAAUUUCGAAACCCUAAUCCCAACAAAACCCCAAAUCCUCUCAAUCAGAUUCAUCAGCCCACAGGUCAAUGGGAGACACUAAGGAAAACGAGGCGUACGAAGAAGAGCUUCUCGAUUACGAGGAGGAAGAAGAAAAAGCCCCUGAUUCAGUUACCGCCAAAGCCAACGGGGAGUCCGGCAAAAAGGGCUACGUAGGGAUCCACAGUUCAGGAUUUAGAGACUUCCUUUUGAAGCCAGAGCUUUUACGAGCUAUUGUUGAUUCGGGAUUUGAACAUCCAUCAGAAGUUCAACAUGAAUGCAUACCUCAAGCAAUUUUGGGAAUGGAUGUUAUUUGCCAAGCGAAGUCUGGUAUGGGGAAAACUGCGGUGUUUGUGCUUUCAACAAUGCAGCAGAUUGAACCCAUUGCAGGUCAAGUUGCUGCUCUUGUCCUAUGUCAUACGAGGGAACUGGCUUAUCAGAUCUGUAGUGAAUUCGAUCGAUUCAGCACUUACUUACCAGGCACUAAAGCUGCUGUUUUCUAUGGCGGUGUCAGCAUAAAAAAUCACAAAGAUAUUCUGAAGAACGAGUGUCCCCAGAUUGUUGUAGGGACUCCAGGGAGGAUUCUUGCUCUAGCAAGAGAGAAGGACCUUUCUUUAAAAAAUGUGAGGCAUUUCAUUCUGGAUGAGUGUGACAAGAUGCUCGAGUCUCUUGAUAUGCGGCGAGAUGUGCAGGAGAUAUUCAAAAUGACACCUCAUGAUAAGCAAGUUAUGAUGUUUUCUGCUACGCUCAGCAAGGAGAUUCGACCUAUCUGCAAGAAAUUUAUGCAAGAUCCUAUGGAGAUUUACGUGGAUGACGAAGCGAAAUUGACACUUCAUGGUCUUGUACAGCACUACAUCAAAUUGAGUGAGCUAGAGAAAAACCGAAAGCUGAACGAUCUUCUUGAUGCAUUGGACUUCAAUCAAGUUGUCAUCUUUGUUAAAAGCGUCAGUAGAGCUGCUGAGCUGAACAAGUUGCUUGUGGACUGUAAUUUUCCAUCUAUAUGCAUUCACUCUGGCAUGUCCCAGGAAGAGAGAUUGACGCGAUACAAGUCAUUCAAGGAGGGGCACAAAAGGAUUCUUGUUGCAACGGAUUUAGUCGGAAGAGGAAUUGACAUAGAACGAGUGAACAUUGUCAUUAACUAUGAUAUGCCAGAUUCAGCUGACACUUAUCUGCAUAGGGUGGGUAGAGCGGGAAGGUUUGGUACAAAAGGGCUUGCCAUCACUUUUGUUUCAUCAGCUUCUGAUUCAGAUGUUCUAAAUCAGGUUCAAGAAAGGUUUGAAGUUGAUAUUAAAGAACUGCCUGAGCAGAUUGACACUUCUACAUACAUGCCGUCGUAGACUCUGUAUUACAAUGUGAAGAAACACGUCUGCAUGGGUGGAGAAAGUUACUUGUGGUUUAUUGAAUUAUAUGCGGUAUCUGAUCCAUUUAAUAUUCAGAGGAAAAGUUGACUGUUGUUCGAGUACUACCUUUGGGAUAGCUAAGAAUAGAUUGAUAUACUCAGUAUGGAUAUUUCAUUUCUGAAGCAAAUUAUGUGCGUUGUAUUUUAUUUGCACCCUAGCUCUUGUGGAUUGUUUAAUUAGUCAACCCUUUGUGUUGCCUGACUUCCAUUGUUAAGUUGGAUAUAUAGGCUUGAUGGUACAUGCAUGCUUUAUUUUAAACUAUAUUUUUUUU